AUGGCAGACAAGAAGACUUCCUCAGUAACACCCCCCACCAACCCGCGCGGCAUCCCCGCCGCGCCCUUCGUCGACAAUGUAGCAGACUACGUAUCCUCGCGGAGCGAAGUGGAACCGACGCUACGGUCCUUCCAAGAGAUGAUCUCGAAGUACCAAUUCAUGGAAGUCAACACGCAGCGCCGGGCCCAGGGUCUACGCGACAAGAUCCCCGACAUCAAGAAGACAUUGGAGAUGGUGCGAUUCCUGAAACUCAGAAGAGAAAAUGCAAGUGCCUCCGCACUCGAAACCAACUUCGAAUUGAACGAUACAUUGUACGCUCGCGCGACCGUCUCCCCCGCCGACACCGAGGAAGUGUAUCUCUGGCUCGGAGCGAAUGUGAUGCUUGCGUACCCGAUUGAGGAGGCUGAGAGCAUGUUGGAUGAGAAGUUGGCUGCGGCGCAGAAGAGUCUGGCCAAUUGUGAGGAGGAUUUGGAGUUUUUGAGGGAGCAGAUCACGACGCUGGAGGUUGCGACGGCGAGAGUCUAUAAUUGGGAUGUGGUGCAGAGACGGAAAGAAAAGGCUGAAGGUAAGGGUGAUGAGGAAGGGGAGAAGGCUGCUUGA